AUGCUAAUAAGCAGGCCUCGAAGUCUACAGUCUAUUGCUCGACUUUCCCUUACACAACUAGGAUUCCGUAUCGUACACAUCCCACAUAUAAGAAAUAUGUCGGCAGGCACUACGGUAGACUCUUCGACGUCGGAACAUGACUUAAAAAGACCAGUCAUGGAGGAUAAAACCGCAAAUCAUAGACCAGUUAAGACGAGAAAGGUGAAAUUGAAAAAGUACAAAGCCAAGAAGGUCGAUGAAACAUCACCUCUCGGCGUUUUGCAGUUCGAAAUCGAUGAGUUAUUGUCUAAAGAAGGGCUGACCAGAGAACAAAUUCUUAACGAUAUGGUAGCGGUUCUCAAUCACAAGGACAUUGAUGACAACCCAAUGAGCUCACAUUAUCACAGAGAAGUCUCUGAUGUGCCAGUUUUGCAGAUUGGAGCAAGUGGUGAUGGAUUAGCGGUUAUUUCGAACCCUGUAGAGACAGAAAAAAAACAAGUGGUAGUUGUUCCAUUCGCGUUACCGGGGGACGUGGUGAGGAUUAGAGUAUUUAAAACUCAUCCGUACUUUGUCGAAAGCGACUUGCUGGAGGUUUUGAAGAAUUCUCCUUUAAGGCAAGAUGAUUUGAUCAAAUGUAGAUAUUUUGGUAAAUGUGCGGGUUGCCAAUUUCAGUUUUUGACUUAUGACGAACAACUGAAACUUAAAAAGGAGACAGUAUUCAAUGCUUACAAGUACUUUGCACCUCAGUUAUUAGCUAAAGAGAUGCUGCCAGUUGUUGGGGAUACAGUGGCAUCUCCAAAGAUGUUUGAUUAUAGAACAAAACUUACACCGCACUUCGACAUGCCGAAGAAAGUCAGUAAGCUAGAAGAAAGGCCGCCGCUAGGAUUUGGUCAAAAGGGAAGGCCAAGCUGGAGAAACAACAGUUCAGGAGGGACGAAGAGCAUACUGGACAUCGAAGAGUGCGUCAUUGGCACCAAAAUUAUUAACGAAGGGAUGGCUAAUGAAAGAAAGCGAUUUGAGCGCGAUUACAAGAAUUACAAGCGCGGUGCUACAAUACUUUUGAGAGAAAAUACUCGCGUGUUAGAGGCAGGAAAACCUGUGGAGGACCAGCUUGGUGAAGGAUCUCAAAAUAUCACAACGGGGCAAACCAGUUUUUUGGAAGUCAUGGACGACAAGCCUUUGGCCAAAACGUGCGUAACAAAAUCGAGGCAAGUUGUCACAGAAUACAUCAAUGGUUACACAUUUGAAUUUUCUGCCGGCGAGUUUUUUCAAAACAAUAAUAGUAUACUACCUAAGGUAACGGAUUAUGUGUGCAGCAAUUUGCAAAUUGCAAACUCGAAACCCGAAGAUCCGCAUUACUUGGUGGACGCGUAUUGCGGUUCUGGUCUUUUCAGUAUUACCGCAUCGAAAGGUGUGGAUAAAGUAAUCGGAGUGGAAGUAUCGGCUGACUCCGUAUCAUUUGCGGAAAGAAACGCGAAAGCCAAUGGUGUAAAAAAUUGUGAGUUCGUGGUGGGCAAAGCCGAGUGUAUUUUUGCUUCAAUCGACACACCAAGCGACAGAACGUCCGUGAUAUUGGAUCCGCCCAGAAAAGGCUGUGACGAUGUCUUUCUCAAACAAUUGGCCGAAUACAAUCCGGCCCGGAUCGUGUACAUUUCGUGCAACGUACAUUCACAGGCCAGGGACAUGCAGUAUUUUUUGCAGGAGACGGAAAAGGGGAAAGCAUACAAGAUUGAGAGUCUACGAGGAUUCGAUUUCUUCCCACAAACACAUCAUGUGGAAAGCGUGUGUGUCUUGAGUAGGAUUUGA